AUGACAGUGAGCGUGAAGGCUUUAGAUGUGGAUCUUAAGAAGGAAGAAGAUGAUCAUCUAGAGAUAUCUGCCCACCAAAAUCUUUUUCAUGACUAUUUUGCUGAUCCUCCAAUUUAUCCUCACAAAUAUUUUCGAAGGAGGCUUCGAAUGAGUCGUUCUCUAUUUCUUCGAAUUCAAGCAGCGGUAGAAGCCCAUGAACCUUAUUUUGUCCAAAGACGAGAUAAUUCUGAAAGGUUUGGUAUUUCUUCCCUUCAAAAAAUAAUAGAUGCUCUGAGGAUGCUUGCAUAUGGUGUCACGGCUGAUUUUAUAGAUGAAUAUUUGAAGAUUGGAAAGACUACGAUAUUAAGAAGCCUAAAAAUGUUUGUCAAAGCAAUUGUUUCGAUUUUUUCUGAAGAGUACUUAAGGAAACCCAAUAAUGAUGACAUUGCUAGAUUGCUCGCAGAUGGUGAAAAACGUGGAUUUCCAGGGCUUACUCCGACAGUUAGUUACACCAUUAAUGAUCAUUACUAUGCAAUGAGAUACUAUCUUGUUGAUGGCAUUUAUCCGCAAUGGGCAACAUUUGUUAAGACCAUCUUAACUCCCCAAGGAAACAAGAAAAAAUAUUUUGCUGUAGUCCAAGAGUCUGCAAGGAAGGAUGUGAAGCGUGCUUUUGGUGUGCUUCAAGCACGAUUUGCUAUAAUUCGUGGACCUGCACGGUUUUUUCACAUUGAAACGCUCAAUGAUAUUAUGAUGGCAUGCGUAAUUUUACAUAAUAUGAUCAUUGAAGAGGAACGGGCUAACAACGAAGAAGAAGAGUUCGAAUAUGAAUAG